AAUUCCGUUCAUCUACAAUUCGCUAGACGACGCUCUCAACACAACACUUUCAUCGAAUGUGUCUCAUAUUCGUAUAGUAAUUUACAACGAAUUCAACAAUGUAUAACAAUUAAUACAAAACAUUAUUGUAUUCAUUACCAAUGUGUAUGUGUAAUUAUUACCAAUUAUAUAUUUUAAAAUUUCGUAUACAAUGAAAAAUAUGUUUUAAUUUCUCUUUUAAGUGAAUUUAUAACUAGUGAAUUUAAAAGAAAAACUAUAAUAUAAAAAACGUGGUGAGGAGACGUCCAUUAUUUUCUAUACUGCUGUUUUUGAUAACGAACAUAAAAUACAAAAUUACACAAAUUUUUCAUUAAAAUCACCGAAAUAAGUAGGAAAAAAAAAAAAAUCUCAAAUGGAUGACAUUAAUUUGUUUCAGUUACUUCCGGACGUUACUGUUAUAGAUCCUUUAAAUAUAAAAUCAGAAGUUAAAGAAGAAAUUGAUACAUGUGAAUCAAAUCAAUUGGAUAUAAAUGAUAUAGUUAAUGAAACUAAUUUCAAUGAAGGAACAUCGAAUCAAAAUAAAAUACGAAUUAUUGAUGCUUCUAAUUUUCAAUUUAUAACACAAACCACUUCAUCUCCAUCUUUAAGAAUAAAUCAAUCUAACAAAAGACCAGUACAAUCGGCAUUUAUUGUCAAAUAUCAAAAUACAGAAUCCAGUAUUAAUAAAGAAUCAGAACUUGAUAUAGCUCUUAAAAAAAGUGGAGAUGGUAAAAUAGUUAAAAGAUCAUACAUAACUAAUGGAGGAUUUCUACCAGAUACAAUUCGAACUAUUCUUGUUCAUCUUAUCAUUAAACAUGAAAUGGAUAAAGCUUUAGCAACUUUAUCUGACGAUGGUUUCGAUAAAUUAGAUGAAUUUGUAAUAACUUCAGCUCAAAUGUCGGCUUAUGCCAGUGAUAUUGUUCGGGUAUUUCCUAGUGAAAAGGCAGAAACUUAUUUUGGCGGUUUUAGAACUGUAAAUGGUGUACGUAUAUUGGCUAAUGGAAAAUUAUGGGAUCAUUAUAAUUAUGUGAAAUCAAUUUUAAGAGAUCAGGGUCUAUUGGAAGGUCGAAAAGUAAAAAGAAAAAAAGUUGAAGUUACAUACGAAAUAGAUGAAAAAACAAGGAAUAAAUUAAACUGGUUAAAAAACAAUUCGGAACCUUGGUCAGAGGUUUUUCAACAAUGGACUGAAACUUUUGCGGCAAGAACAAAAGGUCAUUCAGAACUUGAAACAAAACAACUAAGUGAAUAUUUUCAAACAUUUCCAUGUCUUCGCGAUAAUCAAGCAAUUGUUUUGAUUCAAAAUGAUUUUGAACGAUUGUAUAAGAGAAAACUUUUUAAUAUUGCCGAUAUAUGGAAUAAAAUGAAACAGCAUAUAAUUUUGAAAUUACAACAAUGUAAAGGAAUAAAAACAUUAGAUGACAAGGCAUAUGUUCAUUUGUUACCAUCAUUAACUUCAGAACAACAGAAUGGUGUGAUUCUAUUUUUACUUCCCUUCUUAGUGCCAAAUGGACGUAAAAAAAGACGAAAUGAUGAUGAAGAAGCACGAAAAAUGUCACCUGCUGAAAGAAGAGAUACUUUUAUUAUUUAUGUUUCAAAAGAAGAUGAAGUUGAUGUGAUAUUAGAAAAAAAACGAAUGGAAUUGAAAAAUAGUGGACGAAUUUUACAUCCAACGCCUGUUUGUAUUGGAACAAAAAUGGGUAUAACUAAAUCUUAUGUUGUAGUUGAUGAUGUUAAAUAUGAGGUUUCAUCAUUAUUAAGUGCUAUUGAUUUAGCUUUUAAAAUUUAUUAUUCAGCUCACUGUGAUUUUCCCGAGAGCUGUUAUAGUAUGUGGCUUUUUAUUCAAAAAGCAAUAUUCGACAUUCAUUAUCCCACCGAUAGGGCAAAUCCAUCCUUACAUGCUUUAGCUGGCGAAUUAAGAAAAAUCGCCGAAUCAAAAACAUAAACAUAUUAAAAAUAAUUUUUUUUCACAACAAAGAUGACAAUUUUCUAAUUUUACUUUUCAAUUUCUUUUCUUAAAAAAAAAUUUAAUAUAAAAAUUGAAAUAUAAAAAAAAAAAUUGGCAAAUAUUGUGAAUAUAGAAAAUAUAUUUAUGAAAAAGAUAUCCACUUUUUCUUAUAAACAGUAUUAUAUAUAGUUUUGUAAAAAUAUAUUUUAAUAAAAAAAAAACAAACUUUCCUUA